UAGUUGGAGUCUGCCAGCAACAGCUAGCAAAAUGACAAGAGUACUAUAUUUUAUACUUGGCAUAGCAGGGAUCUUUUCGGCUCCAGUGGAUGAACCAAUCCGUAUCGAUUUACCAGUUUAUGAUAAACCCCGAUCAGCCUCAAAUGUCCUACUAGCUGAACCUAUAGAACCAGAAAAUCAUCCCGGUUCCAGUACGAAGAUUAAAAUAACUGCCACCGGAAAUGUUAAAACGAAUAAAGGACCCCUAUAUAGUAUAUCAAGUAACAAUAUUUCGCCAGAAUAUCCAGCUGUUGGUUCUGUUAAUCACGGUAGUUUCUUUGCUGAUCCCCCUACUAAACUUGAAGGUGCCUUAUUGGAGACUGAAGGAUUUGCGAGCAAAGUAUCAUCAGUUAAAGAGGAUGCGCAAAAUAUCGUAGCGGGAAUUUUCCAGCCAAAACCAAUAGUGGAUACGAUCAGAGAAGAAGAAAAGUAUGGUAAUGAAGGAGACAAAUUUCGAGACGCUGGUCGGGCUAUUGUUGGAGGCGCUGAAAGCUUUUCAAAUUUCUUUAAUACGCUUAUAGAGGUACCAAGUAAAAUAUUAAAAAGCAUCACACGAGCGGCUUCUGAAAAAUUAAAUAAUUUUGGUGGUAAACUAGUCGGUUUAUAGGUACAAGAUAUUUUCAUAAGUUUUAAUUAAAGUGUAUAUAAGCUCAA